UCUCUUUCUAUGGCAAACUUCCAUAGCCUGGAGAACUCACAUUCGAAACUCAUGAUUAUUCUGGCCUCAAUAACGGUCAUGGCCUGUCUAUUCGUCCCCCUCGCCACGUCGACAGUGUCUUUUAGCAACACCGCCUUCGAUUUCCCAAGUUUCAAUCCGAAUAACCACGACAUAUCUUUUGAGUCCGAUGCGUAUGCCUCUGAUAAUAGCCUCCAGCUCACUGAAAACCAGAAAGACAAGGGCAACAUUGUAAGCGCGGGGCGAGCAACCUACGUGAGACCAAUGCAUCUCUGGGACAAAUCCACAGGGAAUGUAGCAGAUUUCACUACUCAUUUCUCGUUUGCAAUCAACUCACUAGGCAGUAAAGUUUAUGCCGAUGGAAUGUCUUUCUUUCUGGCUCCCAAUGGAUCCAACAUUCCACCCCAUUCGGAAGGCGGCAAGUUGGCUCUCGUAAAUUUACAAAGUGAUGAUUCAGACUCCAGCAAUGCUUCUUUUGUUGCUGUGGAAUUUGAUACUUAUGUUAAUUCGUGGGAUCCCCAGUAUGAGCAUAUUGGUAUUGACAUCAAUUCUGUGAAUUCUACGACCUUCGUUCCCUGGAAAUGGAAUAGAAUUGGGAGUGGUGGACGAGUUCGUGCUACUAUUGCUUAUGACUCCAGCGUGCACAAUUUGAGUGUUUUGUUGAUUGAUGAUGAAAAUGAUGAAACGUUGAGCAAAAAUCAGUCUAGCCUUUCUUUGAUCAUUAACUUGACUGAAUAUUUGCCGGAGUGGGUGACUAUUGGCUUUGCUGCUACAUCAGGGUCUGCAAUCGAGAUACAUACUGUUUACUCAUGGAAAUUUAAUUCUAGUUUGCAAAUCGAAUUGAAUGAAAACUUCAAUCAGUCUAUUGUGCCGACAGACAACUUGUCUUCUGAAAAAAAGAGCAAGUCAUGGAUAUGGGUCGUCAUUGGAUUAUCAAGUGCCUUUCUGUUGAUUAGUCUCAUUUUCACUAUUACCUGGUUUAGACAUCGGUUGAAGAAAGAUAUAAAUCCCAGGAGUGAAAUAAGACACACCCACGAUGACCAUGAUGUCAUGCGAAUGGAAGAAGAACUUGGAGAGGUUGCCGGUCCGAAGCAGUUCUCUUACUCAGAAUUGGCUGUGGCAACGGACAAUUUCACAGAUGACCGGUUACUCGGGCAAGGUGGUUUUGGAAGGGUCUAUGAAGGUUACCUAGAUGGCAUCCAUUCUAGUGUUGCCGUCAAGAAGGUAAAGCCUGAGGCGGGACAGGGGAUGAAGGAAUAUGCAGCGGAAGUAAAGACCAUCGGCCAACUGAGGCAUCGGAACUUGGUGCGGCUGCUGGGUUGGUGCCAUGACGAGAAAGAACUCCUCCUUGUCUACAAAUUCAUGUCCAAUGGUAGCUUGGAUUCACACCUAUUCAAAGGCAAGACCCUGUUGUCGUGGGAAACGAGGUACAAGAUUGCUCAGGGCUUGGCAUCGGCAUUGUUUUUCCUCCAUGAGGGAUGGGACCAAUGCGUGGUGCACCGAGAUAUCAAAUCCAGCAACGUCAUGCUUGACUUACAUUUCAAUGCCAAAUUGGGUGACUUUGGCUUGGCUAGGCUGGUCGACCAUGCCAAGGGGGCGCAUACAACUAUUUUGGCAGGGACAAUAGGUUAUUUGGCUCCGGAAUGCAUUUCUACUGGAAAAGCUACUAAAGAGUCAGAUAUUUAUAGCUUUGGUGUCGUUCUAUUGGAAAUAGCAUGUGGGUUAAAAGCUUUAGGGCCGAUGGAAGCAAAUGGCCAUAUGCAUCUCGUGGAACGGGUCUGGGAGGUGUAUGGUGCUCGAAAGCUACUUGAUGUGGCUGAUCCAAAAUUAUGCGGUAAAUUCAACGAGGAACAAAUGGAGUGCUUGAUGAUCGUGGGACUUUGGUGUGCGCACCCUAAUUACACGCUUCGACCUUCAGUUAGAGAAGCGGUAAAUGUCUUGAAUUUUGACCUACCACCACCUAAUCUCCUAGGGAAGGCACCUGUGCCGACAUAUUUCCAUCCUCCCGAUAACGCACGCUCGUCAUCUCCUUCCACUUUGUUGUUGAAUGCUCAAUAAGUUCUAAACUC